AAAGGCACAACUUGCUAACCAAAUCCUUUGAUUGAAUCAUUAUUUGUUUGCUUUUACCCAAGUCUCGAAAUUAUAAAUCAUUCAGAAAUUGAGAGAGAAAAUUUCGUCUCCCAGAUUUAUUCGUUCUGGUAGAGUUAAUGAUAACGAAGAUAUGGCAAACAAUUACGUUUUAGUUUGGUUUGUAAUGGUGUAGGUAGAUUGGAAGAAGAGGUGGAAAUAUGAAAGCGGUCAAAAUGAGAUAAUAAGCAUAAGCAGAAGCAGAAGCAGAAGCAGCUUCUGCUGCAAUGCUAUUUCUUCUUCUUCUUCUUCUUCCAUGCGAGCGGAUCUAAUGCUGAAGAGCGUAUGGAAAGUGAGGAGCGUAUACCAACAUGUAUGCGUAUGCAUUUUCUCCGAGGUUUAGGGUUUGAUAUUUACACAGAUGGCCUUGCAAAUGACAUGGCAGACAUACCGUCGGAAAAGCAGUAUGCCUAUGGGAUUGAAAAAUGCGGGCAACUCAUGCUAUCUCAAUAGCGUCCUUCAGUGCCUCACAUUCACGCCUCCGUUCGCCAAUUUUUGUCUCGCUAAUAAGCAUUCUUCAUCAUCAGGUCCAUCAGGGAAUGCUAACCGGAAUACCACCACCUGUCCAUUUUGCUUGGUGGAAAAAAGGAUCAUAAGAUCUUUGAGUGUUGAUAGUCUCUCAGAACCACCAUUGAGGAUAGUGAACUCAUUACACCUUUUUGCAAAACAUUUUCGCCCUGGAAGACAGGAAGAUGCUCACGAAUUUCUCCGCUUUGUGAUAGAAGCCUGUAAUGAUGUUUGUGUCAAGAUGUACAAGGCCCGUAAUAAUUUAGGCGCAAAGCAGUUAAAGCAGGAACCCAAUACCAUUGUCAAGGAAAUUUUUGGCGGUGUAUUGCAGAGCCAAGUUAGGUGCCUUUCUUGUGGGGCAGAGUCCAACAAGAUGGAUGAUAUAAUGGAUAUCAGCCUUGAGAUUUUACAUGCCAGCUCCUUGAAGGAAGCUCUUGGUCGAUUUUUUCAGGUCGAAUCGCUGGAUGGGAAUAAUAAGUACAGUUGUGAAAAAUGCAAAAAGUUGUCAGCAGCUCGCAAGCAGUUGUCCAUUAUUCAAGCUCCAAAUGUACUUGUAAUUCAGCUGAAGAGAUUUGAAGAUGUAUUUGGUGGCAAGAUAGAUCGCAAUAUUAUCUUUGAGGAACACUUGGAACUUGCUAACUAUAUGGCUAGAACCAUCCAGGACUCACGGCCAGAGUAUAGUCUAUUUGGUACCAUUGUACAUUCAGGCUGUUUGCAGGACUCUGGGCAUUAUUAUGCAUAUGUCAAGGAUGCAAAUGCCCGCUGGUAUUGCUGUAACGAUGCUCAUGUUUCUGCAGCCACUAUACAGGCUGUGUUAUCAGAAAAAGUAUAUAUUUUGUUCUUUCUUCGGAGCAAUCUAAGACCAAAACGAGCCAAGGAAACAAUAUCUUGUAAUGCAACACAUGCUUCGAAUUCAGAUGGAAAUGUUGAAGAUGUUUCUUUUAAACAAAAGUCAUCUUCAAUAUCAAAUUCAUCUGUUGGAAGACAUUCUUCAAGAGACAUUCCAGCUGGUGGUUUCUCAAAAGUGCAUCGAAAAUCACAAAUGAAGUUUGUAAAUUUGGAGUUUGCUGGUUCUCAGCUUGGGAGUAAUGGUGCUGUUGAAAACGGCAAUGGCACAUCUAAGAUUGAUGUUACUGGAAUGGGCGAAGAAAGUGAAAGUGAAACAUCUGUAAGAAAACCAUCUGAGAGGAGUUACCCAGAUGUUUCCUUUUCUAGUGAGAAAGAGGAACGAUUGAUGUAUAGACAAAAUCCUGAAUCCAAUGGUUGGUCUACUAAUGGAAAGCAAUUGCUGUCUUCGUCGUCUUCAGUCAACAGGGUUUCAGAGUCCUGUUUUGAAACAAGUGAGGAAAGUUGCAGGAAUGGUAGUACAAAUGGAAACACAUUAAGUGCUUUUCCUUCUGGUGAGAUUAUUCGGAAAAGGAAUAGUUACUCGCCUUUAGACACAUUGCAAAAGACUAGAAAUCAUACAGUUUCCAAUGGUAAAAAUCAGCUGGGUGGGAAUGGUUCUACAAGUCAUGUGGGGAAAGAUAUUCAAAAUUCUUUGCCCGCUGGAAGGGAGAAUGCUAUGGAAGAACGAGUUUCAAAGAGACAAAGAGGAGAACCUGAGAACAUGAAUACAUCGAAUGGCCAUACUCAGCAGGACAACUGUGUGUUAAAACAAAAUGCUGUGUCUAAAACAGAAAGUGAACCCAAUGGGGCAGAAAAUCAAUCCAAGCUUGAUAAGUUCAAAGAAAUUAUUUGCCAAGAAGCAAGAGAACAUUUAGAAUCAUGUGGCUGGUGCGAUAAUGUACGAGAUGCCAUGCGCGUGAGCAAGAGAGCACGCAUUGAUCAGAUGCCUUUAUCGAGCACUGAUAUUGAUAUCAGGAAGGUGCUGAUACACAAUAUCAAAGAUGCACUUAUUCGACAACUUCCAGAUUCAGUGAAGCAAGGACUUUUAGAACGGCUUCGUUCUUUUUUUAAUGGCGAGCCCUGACUGAGAUAAUCUAUAGUUUUUGCAUGGCAUGCCUGUUCAUUGUUGCACUUUAGUAUCAUUCAGAAGAUAAUUUAUUUUUUCCCGUUUGAGAGAUUAUUAUUAUUUUUUCCCGUUUGAGGCUGAGGUAAAUUGCCAUGUAAUUUGUGCAGCCAAUUUGCUGCUGCUCUUUGGGUUGAGUUGUAUAGUAUCUAUAUAAUGAAUGCCUGCUGAUCAAAUGUCCAACAGCAUGACCAUAUCAAUGAAUAUGGAGGGUGUGGAUGCUGUUAUGUGUUGCAAUUCACGCUCCCACGAUAACUUUUACCGUGAAUUCAUGUUUACUGGGGUCUUGGGACGUGACAGAUAUUAUGAGGGACAUUUAAUCUUCAUUGAAUGCGUACACAUAGCAUAGGUUUUUAUUUUCUUCUCAGGUGUAGAUGCAAAAGGUGGGAUCAUUAAGCUAGUCGAGAUUGUCCUUGAAGGCUGUAUCGAUAAUUGGGUGGAUGCCAUUCAACAUUUGAGACAAUUUUUGAAGUACCUCCUGUUUUGUCUUGAGGAGAGCACGUGUUCUUUUACCAUCUCAUGGUGAUGCAGUAAAUUUUUUGAAUUUUAGAAACAUAAUGUGGAGCCGUUUGAGGUUUUGCACUCAGUUUUUCUUCAUGGCAAUCUCAAAGAUGGUUUUAUAUAUGUUUGUUCAGAGUGUAUGAUAUAUUUGUUUCCUAUACUUAACAGUUCAAUUUUUAUAAAGGGGAUACAUACCAUCACAACUUAA